AAGAUCGCACUUGCAUAAGCACACACACAUAUCUGUACAUAGUAUAUGGCCGAGAAAAGCAGUUAAAAAAGUUAAGAAAGUGGGCAAAGAACGGUCAACUCUCUACCGCGUGCGCUCUCUCUCCCUCUCUCUCCGUCUGUCCGCGAACGUGCUCUCCCCCUCGCGGUCGCUUGAUUUCUUUGCGCCUGCGCAACGGUCAUUCUUCGCCGUCUUCCCUCUCUUCGCUCUCUCUCGCAAAAGUGAAAAUAUUUGGAGAAAUUUCUUGGGGGCAGCCAAAGAAAAAGAAGCAGAAGAAGAAGCACACACACCACAGAAGAAACAGAAUUUCGGUCUGGAGUUUUUUAGUGUGUCAGGAGUGGGCAGAGGUAUCGGUAUCAUCGUAUCUUGCCUUGCCAGUAGUGUCAACAACGAAUCGAAGAAUCGUCAACGAAAAUUGUUUUCCGUUCUGUCGUACUCGGUUUUUUUCCACGCGAACGACCUUUGGAAACCCAAAACGCCGCCAGUGCCAAAAGUUCCGCUACAGCCCGAAACCACAACAAACGAAUUCGCAAGUCCCCCAAUGUCAAUGACCUAAAUUCGGGGUUUCUCGGAAAAACGAAGUGGGAAAAUCAAGUCAAGUCAAUGCAAACACGCGCUGCUGCUGCAGCAUCUUAGGCGUCUUCGAUUUUGGCCAAUAGCAUUGGCCAUAUGUUUGUCUAACAACUCUGCAGCGCACUCACGCCUGGAAGUUAUCGUAAACCGGUCUUGUUCACCCCCCACCCAACCCACAGGAUACACCUGCUGAACUCUUUUUGUACAAAACCAACCUAAAGCAACCUCCAGGACAAGCGACUCAUGGAAACAUGGACAGACGCUCAACGGCGACAGAAGGAUUUUCAACUAGCUUUUCGAAGGACUUAAUUGCAUAAAUUUAUAUGAACAAUUCAGCAGCUUCCAACUAGGGGAAAUCAGAGUAAUCACUUCCAAACCAAAAGAAUAUAUAGAUAUAUUAGAGGGGACACACCGCCCUUGGAAACUCGAGCGCACACUGCAAAUGACAAAGAACUGCUUCCUACUUUAACUUAAGCGCAGGACUCGAACCGCAGGAUACUAACAUAACAAAAAGACAACACAAAAAGGCAACAAACAAUCGAACAUGUCACACGCGGCAAACAACAAAGCGGAAACGGAAGCAGCCCCAAACAGCAGCCUCAAACAGUCCGCCGCCCCCCCGCCCGCUAACGGUCACGAUGCCAAGCUGCUCAACGGCACCUUGGCCCGAACCAACGGCCUAACCCAUGCCGCCAGCGUGGCCACCUCCUCCUCCGGCUACGGCAGCUCCGGUGCGGGCGCCGGCGGAGCCGCCUCCUCCGCAUCCUCAGCCGCAGCGGCGGCGGGGGCGUCCUCGACGGCCCUGCCCUUGCCGCCCAGCAGCAACGGCCUCCAGAUGCCCUACGAGCGGUUCCGGGCGGACGACACCAGCUACGUGCCCAUCGGCCAGUUCUACGCGGGACGCAGUGUCUUCAUCACGGGCGGCACCGGCUUCAUGGGAAAGGUGCUGGUGGAGAAGCUACUGCGCUCAUGUCCGGACAUAAGGAAUAUAUAUCUACUGAUACGACCGAAACGCGGUCAAGAAGUGUCGGCUCGUCUCACGGAACUGCUGAAUGCACCGCUCUUCGAAUCACUGCGCCAGGAGAAGCCCAAGGAGCUGAGCAAAGUCAUACCCAUUUCGGGCGAUAUUACUUCCGAGGAGCUUGGCAUUUCUGAAAAAGAUCAGAACCUACUGUGUCGCAAUGUUUCCGUCGUCUUUCACUCGGCCGCCACUGUGAAAUUCGACGAGAAGCUCAAGCUGUCUGUCACAAUCAAUAUGCUGGGCACGAAACGCCUCGUCGAGCUCUGCCAUCGCAUGCUGUCACUGGACGCACUUAUCCAUGUAUCCACUGCCUAUUGCAAUUGCGAUAGAACCGAUGUGUCCGAGGUUAUCUAUGCACCGCCCUAUAAUCCCGACGAUAUCAUUUCACUAAUCAACUGGCUUCCGGAGGAUAUACUUGAUCAGCUUACACCGCGCCUCAUUGGCAAGCGCCCCAAUACGUACACAUUUACAAAAGCCUUAGCGGAGCAUAUGUUACUUAAGGAGGCUGGUAAUCUGCCCGUUGCCAUUGUGAGGCCAUCGAUUGUGACUGCCAGUCUGAAUGAGCCGUUUGCCGGAUGGGUGGACAACUUCAAUGGGCCAACGGGUCUGGUUUCGGCGCUGGCCAAGGGCAUGUUCCGCACGAUGAUGUGUGAGAAGAACUAUGUGGCCGAUAUGGUACCUGUCGAUAUUGUGAUUAACCUGAUGAUCGCCGCCGCCUGGCGCACAGCGACCCGCAAGUCCAACAACCUACUCAUCUACAAUUGUUGCACCGGCCAGCGCAAUCCCAUAAUCUGGUCGGAGUUUGUCAAACACGCCAUGACGAGUGUGCGCAAGCAUCCCCUGGAGGGCUGCCUGUGGUAUCCGACUGGCGACCUGCGCAUGAACCGCCCCAUGAACACGCUGAAUUGUAUAGCCAAACACUUUCUGCCGGCCUACAUUCUGGACGGAGUGGCAAGAAUCAUGGGCAAGAAGCCAUUCGUUGUCAACGUACAAAACAAAAUUGCCAAAGCUGUGGAAUGCCUCGAGUACUUCGCCACACGCCAAUGGCGCUUCAAGGACGACAAUGUCCACGCCCUGCUGCACACGCUGAGUCCCAAGGAUCGCGAGAUCUUCGUCUUCGACGUGCGCCACAUCAACUGGGACAAGUACGUGGAGCGCUACGUCCUGGGCUUCAGGGAGUUCCUGUUCAAGCAGCGUCCCGAGUCGCUGCCGGCCAGCAGAAAGCGCAUGCUCAGGCUCUACUAUCUGCAUCAGCUGACCAAACUGGUGGCGGUGCUGCUCACCUGGCGCUUCCUCAUGUCGCGCUCGAAGCGGCUGAACGAUUUGUGGAGCUCCUUCCUGGAGAACGCGCUCAAGAUGGCGCGCUUGAUACCCUUUUUGUAAUUACGUGCGGAUGGCGACCGGUGUGGAAGCUUGGAGACAGCAGCUGCGGACAUAUGUAUAUGUGCUGGGAUCUGGCAGGAUCUGCGAUGAUCUUCUUCUUUGCGAUUUCUAAAUGCCCCAACGCGGCGUACACUUUAGAGGUUCUUAGCAAAUAGUUAUAUUCAUAUUUUUCUAUAUAUGUUACAAAUGAGUAAACAGCAGAAGCCACAACCACAACACAUCCGAACAACCACGACGCAAGGAGCAUCGCAUCAGCUACUAACUAACAGAUUAAAAUAUUGACAUUAACGCAAUGGGGUAAUUAAAUGGCAUCCAUCACAUUAUUCAGGUGCAAUGAUAGGUCAGGUGUGAGAGGGCAGGAGUUUUAUUUGGCCCGGUGUCGGUUGUUGUCUCCAUUUAUCUAUCUCCCUGUCUCUCCUUCUGCGAGAUUGUACAAUUUUGUGAAAUAAUUUAAAAACGCGCAAGGGGAAAGCCCAGAGUCGAAGUGAAUUCCACCUGUUUGCAUAAAGAGAUACACGGGGGAUUGCUCGAGUGAAUUUAUGGUCGGGAUUCAACGAUGGUGAAGCAAUUUGAAUGAAUUAGUACAUCCAAAACUAUACAAAACAGACAUUUGAAAAGACAAACAAAAGCGAUUAGUUCAGCAAUGAUUAGUAAAGAGAAUAAAUGAAAUUAAAAGAAAUGGCUUGUUAUUGCUUUAAAAAUUACAUAAACGUAACGUAAACUAUGCUAAUUAAUUAAUAUUAAUUAUAAAUAUUAUUACGUAACGAGCGAACAUUGCAUAUAAAUAAUACGACAACAAAAAACCAACAUUAUUUAUAAUUGAAUGUAGUUUUAACAUUUUUACAUUUACAAUUAAGUUUUCAAUUUAUAUAAAACAAAGCAGAAGGAGCGGAAUUAUAUACGACAGGAGACAAGAAUUCAGAUAUACAAAAUUCAAUUUAUGUAUAUGUAUAUGACAAAAAGCGAAAACACAAGCGAAAAACUACAAAAAAAUCAUAAUGAUAAUAAAUUAAUGAAAACAAAAAUUAUAUUUAUAUAUAAACAUCAGAAACAUAAUUUCUUAGCAUUUGCAGCCUAAACACUAAAUCUAAGCGUAGCCAGAAAUGGAGUUUCCAAAAGAUAACAAACUAUGAAAGAAGUUUUUUGAAACAAACGCAAUUAGAGAAACACGAUUAUGAAAUUUAUAUUUAAAUGCGAUAAAUUAAAAAACACAAAACAAAAACCUAUACAAACAAACACACUGAAACCAAGACACAUAUAGUAAGAACAUUCCAUCCAGUCUGUAGGAAAUCGGGUCAUCAACCAACUCUUCCUCCACUUUGGACUUUGCUUCCCGUCUCGUUUGAUCGAUAUGGGCCUGGUAAUAUGGGCCGGGUCACAGGUCACAGGUCACGGCCAGGAUACAGUUCGUUCUCGGGUUCGUUUUCGUGCAAUUAUGAAAUAUCUUAUGUUAUGCCUAGAAUUUAUUAUGUUUUAUUUCUAAAUCGAUUUGUAAAUUGCAGUGCAUCAAUAAAAUACACUUCCAAAAUAAUAAUACAAAUA